AUGAGUAACAAGAAUAAAAAGAUAUAUACUUACGGUGCAGGGGGAAUCGGUACCCCCAGUACCGGCCCGAAAGGGGGCGAGCCGCAAGGCCUCCUCGGGUCGUCAUCGUACGACUGUGGCGCACAGAAGGUGGUACACCAGGCCGCUGUGCAAAAAUCGACUACUGGCGAGAAAUCUAGCGAAACGAAGACUGCCCACGAUGUGGAAACGUGGUAUUCGACUCGCAGUGAAGAAGAAACUUUUGGAAGGGCCCGGGAAGGCCUAAGUACCCAACCACCGGAAGUACUCGAUAAGACGCUUAUGGGUGGUACUGAAGAGAUGGCAAUGGAGACGAUAGAUGAAUCGGUAAUUGAAGUCGUGACUGAAAUUACGGCACCUAAAAAAGAAAUGGAAAGCAAAAUUGAUCGUUACAUAUUGACUAUGAACAAACUCGUACUUACCCUGAUUGAAGCCCAUGCUGCGGUUUUCAAAAUGGAUAAGCAUGAGCUGAAACCGUCGACACAAAAUGCGAUGCAGAAGAUGGAAACAUGUGUGGACAAAAUGGCGAAAGUGAUUGAUCAACUUAAUGCGGCCAGAAGUGAAGAGAAGAAACAGAAGUUGUCCAUGACAGUCCUCCGACCUGAAAAAGAUAAAAAACAAAUGAUAUCAGUGGCGGCACAAACUGAAUGUGACAAUGGAAAUGAGGGGAUUCCUGGACCUAAGAAUGAGGCGUACGGAAAAGUUGCUAAUAGGGACAUACGGACCACAUACGGAAAAGAAAAGGAAUUCCCCACACUAACGUCGAUAACCGGACAAAAAAGGAAAGAAAUAUCACCCACCUUAAAAGAGGGGAAAAAGACGAAGAGGGGCGAUAAAUCCGGACAAACUGGCCCACGCAUAAAGAGUGUGGAGACUAUAAUUACCCGUACGCCGGAUCAGGAGGGAAACCAUGAUCAAGCGAAUUACGAAUGGGAAAUAGUGAAGAGGAGGAAGAUUAAGCAGACUUCAGGAACCCCUAGACCGAUGCCUGAGACCCCUAUCUUUGGCACCCCGGGGGAGACUAAUAGCAAUAAAAAAGGACCAACCAAGCGAAAGCGUAUGAAACCGCAAGCUAUCGCGAUUAGAUUUGAGGCGAGCAUGUCCUUCUCUGAGGUGCUUAAAAAAGUAAAAAAGACGGUGGGACCCUCACCGGAGGGUAUAAAAGGUGUUAGGCAAACGAGGGCAGGGAAUCUUUUGCUCGAGUUCACCCCAAAGGCAGACGUGGAGGCGUUCAAAAAGGUGAUCGAUGGAAAGCUGGGAACCGAGGUUACAAUUUCCAGACUUCAAGAGAGAAUGGAUGUAGAGAUCAAAGGGAUUGAUCCAGAUGUAGAAGGUGAGGAGAUCCUCGCAGCCGUUUUCACAGAACUAAGUUGUCCGAAAAGUGACGUACGUUUGAAGAUCUUGAGGACCGAUCCACGCCGUAAUAAAAUUGCCAUCAUUGAAGGCCCAGCGGCUUCACUAAAUAACUUGGUGGAAAAGGGGAAAAUUAGAGUAGGCUGGACUAUAGCGACAGUUAAGGAAAUACCGCGCAUUCUAAGAUGUUUUAGAUGCCAUGCUUUGGGGCAUGUUGCAGCAGCAUGCAAGCGUUUCCCGGAAACGGAAACUGUCCUUUGCAGGAGAUGUGGUGCCCAAGGGCACAGUCUGCGAGAGUGCAAGGAUGAACACUGUUGUAGGCUGUGCGUCGAAAAAGGGGCAGCUAUAGGGGAGGCAAACCACGUUGCUGCCUCGAUCAGGUGCCCAAUAUAUAGGGAAGCUGUUAGGGCAAAGAAGAUAAAUACGUGA